CUUCAAUUUUUUUUUUCGUUUUUGCUCAUCAACACAAAAUCAAUAAUGUAUAAAAAUUUAAAUUAUUAUAUGAUACUUAUUAUAUUAAGUCAAUUAUUUAAUAUAAUAAUAGCAUAUGGACAGAAAUUUAUACCAGAACCUAGAUUGGGAGUUGUAUCAGUGCUUAUUGAAGAUAGAAUAUAUUAUAUAGGAGGAGAUGAUCCUAGUAAAACACAUUCAGAAGCAAAUCCCGAAAAUGAUAUUUUUUAUCUUGAUCUUAAUAUUAAAGAAAAUUUUUUAACAUGGGUAGAUUUGAAAGUAAAAUUUCCAAUUAUUUCCGGACAUGCUGCCGAUGUCGGAGGCAUUAAUCAAGAUUCAAUAUUUAUUAUAGGAGGUAACCAUUAUGAUGAAAAAAAUACGAAUUAUUUUUAUAGGUUUGAUACUAAGACAAAUGAAUUAAGUGUACCAGUAAUUCAAGGAAAGGCACCACCAACACGCGUAGCAAGGAAUUCUGUUAGUUAUGAAGGAAAAAUGUAUUUGUUUGGCGGGCGAGCGUAUACUCCGGUCGGUUCAGCUUUAAUAUAUGUCAAUCAAUUGGAUAUAUUUGACACGGUCAACUUAAUUUGGCAAGUUGGUAGCAUAGUUAAUUCUCCCGGUACAUUAUCCGGAUAUACGGCAACAUUAGUUAAUGGAAUUAUUUAUUAUAUUGGAGGUAGAUCACAACAGUAUGCUUUUUCUCCAAUGACCGAGAUUUAUCAAUAUGACAUUGUCGCUGAUAAAUGGUCUUUAAAAAAAGCUACAACUGCAGAUACUAAUGCUAUUCCAGGACCUAGAGCUGCUCAUUCAGCUGUCCUAUUUGAUGGUAAAAUUUAUGUAUACGGAGGAUUGUACUUUAAUGCUGAUACACCAUAUGAUGUACCAGCUAAAGAAACAUUCGUUAUGUUGGAUACUGUUACUUUAGUAUGGUCGGUACCACCAUACAAUAGUACUAACGCACCAAAACUUGCUUAUCAUUCUGCUUCAUUAAAAGGAGCACUUCUGAUAUUCGCUUUUGGAAUACAGACGGAUUUGCCGCAAGCUGAAAAUAAAAAUAAUAAUUCGACUUAUUAUUUUUACCUAAAUAAACCAAUUAUUGACUGGAGUUCAGAACCCUUAUCAGGAACAAAACAACUAAGCCCAUCAUCAACGAUAAGCAUAGUAACAAAAACACCAGAUACCCCUACAGAAACAGCUUUACCUUCUUCACAAUAUACGAUGGGUAAAAUGGUAAUCGUUGGGACAUCAGUUGCAUCAGUACUAGUUGUUCUAACAAUAAUUGUAGCAUGUUCAUUAAUUUAUAAGCGCAUAAAGAGUAAUCAGAAAAUUAAAAGAGAAUCCAAUAAUCCAGAUGGUCAAGGUGCUUUUAACGGAGUCGAAAUUCCACCUGAUGGUAAUAAACAUUCAUAUCUUCAACAAUAUCCUCCUGUAUAUCCUCCCGUAUAUCAACAAUUUGCACCCCAACAAUUACAACCACAUUCUAUAACGGGAAUGCCGUCACCUCCAAUUCAACAGCACUAGGGUAUUCAUAUUUGUUUAUCUCACUUUCACAAGCUUACGUUAAUUAUUAUGUAAAUUAAUCUAAUAAUUAUGUUUAAAUUAUACUUUAAUUAGUUGCUUGUAUGGUUUAAAAUUUUAAAUUCUAUUUAAUAGUAC